GCGGGAAAAUGCAGCUGCCGAACGGGCGCGGCAUCAGCGUGGGCUGUUCUUUUCUGAUCGACAGAAAGAGUUGCAGAACGUGCUGUAUAAGGACUACGCCCAAGAGCAACAGGAAGGCGCAAAAAUCCAGAGCGAUAAGCCCACCCGACUGGAUGAAAUGAGGGUUAAAGCAGAGCAUUUAAGGGCAAAACAUGAAGCACAGGAGCGAAAUUACGUUGAUCAGCAAUACGAAAGAAUCUGGAAAAAUGGUAUGAGUGCUGAUAAACUGCGAAAUCUGGAAUAUGUGAAACACAAAUACGAUGCGGUCAAACACCUCGGAGAGCAAAUGCUUUAUAAAGCUCUGGAUGAAAUGGAAGACAGCCAAGUAGAUGAAUUUUAUCACGCGCUUGCCAAGGAAUCGGCAGCAAAAGAACAAGCGCAGCUACAAGCUGAAGCGGAAGAGAAACACAAAUUAGAACAGCAAGCGCAGCAGCGUAUACAGGAACAAAUUCAACAAAAUGCCGACAACAAAAAGCAACGCAAAAUGCAGCGACUGGUGGAAAGAGAUAAAACAUUGUUUAAAUCAGAGCAAUUGCGCUUCGACAGCUUCAGAGAAGAUUUCCAGCGUAGGCUGGAGGAAAAAACCAAAAGAAGUGAAAUUCAUACAAAGGAACACAAUUCGAUUCAUGAAGAACGACAGCAAGCACUGCAGCGCGAGCAGAAAGAAGCAGAAGAGACGAUCAAAUACCUUGAAAAGGAAAAAACAGAAAGGCUAGCAGCAGAGAAAAAAGCAAAGAGUCAGUUACGCCAAGAAUAUUUCGCACAGCAGCAAUACAGCCAACAACUGAUGUCCGCUUCCGGCAACGAUGCCUUGGAUAAACAUAUUGCUGAAAUGCAGAGAGAGCAACAAUAUGAAGCGUUAUAUACGUUUCUCAACAAUCUUAAAGCAAGACAAGGAUUACAGUACCGGAUAAACAAAGAACUAGACAAUCAAAUUCACAUUAAAGGGCUUGACAAAGUGCACCGCAGGAAGGAGAAAGAACAGGAAAAGGAGCAACAAGCCGUUGAAGCAGCACUGUUUCUCAAACGCCGAGAAGAAGUAGAAGCGUUGCGCCGACAACAGGCCCUGGAGAAUGCGGAUAUCUUGCGCUAUCAAAUCCAGGAUAGAAAAGAACGAGAAAAGGCUCUGGCAGAUGGUACCACUGAAUUUUUCCAAACUCAAAAGAAAAACCAGGAAGAGGAAGACGCUCACAUACGCCUGCUAGCGCAAUCUAUGCUUUCGAGUAUGUAAAAAACCAACGCAUAUACAAUAAAAAUGAUAAUUAUUCGCCUAAAUGUUCUGAUUAUUUUGGCCAUGCUCUACCCUAGUGCGUGCAGCUACCCCAUUCAAACAUUGCGACGAUAUGAUUGUAUUUUUUUGAAGCAAAACUGCAAAUAGCCCGUAGAGUAACAUCGAAUACGCAGCGCAGAAAACAGA